AUUCUUUGAAAAGUGAAAUUGAAGGAUGUUUUUAUGGGAUGAAAAAAUUAUUUUCGCUGAAAAUAAAAGUGAGCGCGUUGGUGGAUUGGUGCAGCUGAAGUAUUAAAUCACUACGAAAUUCUAGAAAAUACUUAAUUGGCUGUAAAGAAGAAAGUAGCAAAUACCCUCAGUUCCUAACUCACACAUCCCACCUCCAAAGCUGCUUGUAAAGCUACCAAAUACCUACCGAUAACUACAACUAAAACUUAUCAAAAGGCGUCAUCACAAUCGCGUCAGCAGAUUAAAUCACUACAAAAUUCUAGAAAAUACUUAAAUGGCCGUAAAGAAUAAAGUAGCAAAUACCCUCAGUUCCUAACUCACACAUCCCACCUCCAAAGCUGCUUGUAAAGCUACCAAAUACCUAUCGAUAACUACAACUAAAACUUAUCAAAAGGCGUCAUCACAAUCGCGUCAGCAGCAUGUCAAGCCGGCUCUUCAUACUCGUACUUACAGUGGCACUAAUUGUGGCAGUAUUUAUAAACGGUGGUAAUGGUUCGGCGGUAUUGAUCUCGGACAAUACCAUGUCAGUGAUGGUGGAACUUUCAUCGCGUCAUCCAUUCUGUAAAAUGCACACGGAUCGCGGUGAUAUUCAACGCAUGCUGCUGCAAUCGGAUCCCAGACGCAUCCGACAGGUGCCACGUGAAUCGGUUAUGGAGCUGAAGGAAGUAUGCUUGAAGUCCGGUUCGUAUGGACGAGAGUUUAGAGGUGGCUUGGGUUUCAUCUAUCCUGGCACGAAAUGGUGUGGACCAGGUACCGCCGCUGUCGACUACAAUGACUUAGGGCCACAUGUAGCCGAGGAUCGGUGCUGUCGCGAACACGAUCACUGUCCGAAUGUGUUGAAUGUGGGCGAGUGUCGUCGUGGUCUCUGCAAUACGGGCACUUUUACGCGUUCGCAUUGUGAUUGUGAUGCGCGGCUACGCAAGUGCUUGCAGUCACUUAAUACAGAAACCGCCAACACACUGGGCGCCAUCUUUUACAACGUCGUGCAAGUGACUUGUUUUCAAGAGCGCAGCCCCUGCUCGGCGCACCAAAGGGCUGGUUAUAACAAAACGGAACAGGAUACCAUCUGCGCUCAAUGGCAAUAUCAACCAUCUGAAAAAUAUGUACCUAGUGCACCCGGCCGAACUUAAAGCUGCAUAAGAGUGUGUAUGUGCAUACAUACAUAUACAAAUCCAUACAUAUGCAGGGGAACAGCGGCGAUAGACAAAUAAGAAGCAACUGAACAACGAAAACUUGAACAAUUACCCACACACGCACACACGCGCACGCCAUUACCUGCAUGCAUUUAAAUAUAAAUUUAUGCUAGCCACUACUUUAUGUCUGCAAUUGAGCUAAAUACCAAACGUCACACACACACAUAUAUGUAUAUACAACUAAACGCAAGCACUUGCUAUAAUUACAUAUCAUAAUUUGAUAAUUGAGUAGUGAAGAUCAAGUAGCCGAAAUACUUGGCUUAUAAAGUAGAAAUUUGCACAAAUCAAAAAACAAAACAAAUACACAUACAUAUACAAUCGUAGAGUUGUAUGUGCGCAUAUUGAAAUGUAUGGUGGAAAUAGUAGUACAAAGCAAUGGAAUGUGAAAAUCGUACAAAUGAAAAUGAAAAUGGUGAAAAUGUGCAGGACCUAAUAGCAAAUAUUGAUAUUUUUAGAUGCGUAUACAAGAAUUUGUAUCUGGCUUGCUGAGGAUUUAUGAACAGCCUUGUAAUGUGAAUUAAUUGGGUAGGAAUUUCGAUGUGAUAAUCUAAGCGCAGAAGCGAAAAACUUAUUUCCCACUUUUGAGAUACAGAAAAAGGUGUAGCAAAAGUUGGUUCAAGUCAUUAGAACAAUAUUUAUUCAUAAGCGAAACAAAAAAUAAAUAAAAAGCAAAAAUAAAAUAUGAAGCAAAUGGAAA